UUGUUGAUUUGUUGUUAGUUGUUACGCUUCUAAUAAAGGUUUAAAUUAGUAGAAAACGUUCAAGAAAUUUCAACGCAAAACUAUUUUGGGCUCCUCAGAUUUAAUUGAGCUGUCUUCUUCUAUCCACUCUCCUACCGCCACGUACACAUGCCCCACGAAACUUCUCGUUGUUUCCUUCCCUUGCACUGUUUUCUUUUCUCUCAUCAUUUUCCCAUUUUUGUUUCCCCAUCCCAUCCCAUCCCAUCCCAAUUUGCUCUUUUUUUACUUCUUCUCUCUCUCUACAUUUAUUUGUCAUCAGAACCUUCUGGAAUUACCACACAACCUUGGCGCUUACCCUCUCUGGAAAAUUAGAUUUCAACCGAAUUAACGCCUGCAAGUAUGUUAUCCGGUUUUUGUGAUUGAUUUAGCUGCGUUGCUUUUGUUGCCUUCGAAUUGAUGGUAAGUUUUGGUGCGGUGCAGGUGGGAGGCGUUAUGGAUCGGAGCGGGAGCGGGAGCGGGAGCGGGAGCGGUGAAUCGACGGCCGGCGAUGCAUCGCGCUCUCUUCCGACGCCGUUUCUCACAAAGACCUAUCAGCUCGUCGACGACCAGGCGAUCGAUGACAUCAUCUCCUGGAACGAAGACGGAUCUGCUUUUAUCGUUUGGAAUCCCACGGAGUUCGCCAGAGAUUUGCUGCCAAAGUAUUUCAAGCACAAUAAUUUCUCCAGUUUUGUUCGCCAGUUGAAUACCUACGGAUUCAGGAAGGUUAUGCCGGACCGGUGGGAAUUCUCAAACGAUUGCUUUCGGAGAGGCGAGAAGAAGCUUUUGUGUGAUAUUCAGCGCCGGAAAAUUGCUCAGUCGUCUCCGGCCGUAGUGGCGGCGGCCGCGGCCGCGGCGGUGCUACCAACAAUAUCCGCGCUAAGGACGGUGUCUCCGUCCGAUUCCGGCGAGGAGCAGGUGAUUUCCUCCUCCAAUUCACCGGCGAGGGCACGCGAUUUCAGCGGUGGCACAUCGGAGCUGAUCGGCGAGAACGAGAGGCUGAGGAAGGAGAACUCGCAGCUCAACAAAGAGCUGAGCCAAAUGAAGGAUUUAUGCAACAAUAUUUUUGCUCUGAUGUCGAAUUACAAUAAGAGCGGCGGCAGCAGCAGCAGCAGUGAACAGCAAACGCAGCUUUCCGUGGCGGAGAACGCGAUGAAGCCGCUAGAUCUGCUUCCGAUGACGAAAUUCUGCGAGGAGAUCCAGACGGCGGUGGUUGCGGCGGCGGCGAACGGCGCGGAGGAGAGCCAUAUCAGAUUCGCGGCGGAGGAAAUAAGCGCGAGAUUGUUCGGCGUGCCGAUCGGAAUGAAGCGCGGGAGGGAGGGGGAGGGGAGUUCGGAUAUGGAUUUGCAGCUGCAGCAGCCGAUGGGUGAUAUAAAAUCUGAGCCGAUGGAUGAAGACAGCAGUGGCGAUGAACGGAACUCGUCGUGGCUGACGCGGAGCAGCUCGCGAAAUAGGAAGCUUCUUAAUUGAUGCAUGCUAGCUAGCUGUAUGGUGGGCUGCACCGCAGAGGAUUAGAUCAUGGUGUAGAAGCGCGUGUAUGUAUUAGAUGAGGCACGUGUGAAACAGACUCUCGUGUCUCACUGUGGAAGGACCUCAAUCUGGAAGCUUCCUAAAGUAGUUCCAUUUUGUAUUUUAUUUUUAUUUUAAUAGGCUAUUGUUACUUUACUUUUUUUAAUUUAAUUUAAUUUAAACUGUUCACACUGAA